UAUCCGGCAAGACGGUCGAACGAAAAAAAAAAAACGUGCAUUCUCUAUGGUUGAAAACAAGGCUGGAACUUGGCUACCCUGUAGCCUUGUCGUUUGCGACUGUUUGUAUUCUAUUUGAUGUGGUUAAAUGUUUAAGCGACAGCUGCCUAUAAACGAGUUAGCACUGAAGAGCAGUAGCUGGUUAUGCUAGGUGAUCACGCUACAGUUUGGCAGGAUGAAGACCACGAACCACAGCAGUGUCAUAGACAUGUUUGAAGAAGAAAAUGUGGUCAAGAUUUGUGCACCAAUGGUUCGAUAUUCAAAACUAGCUUUCAGGUCGUUAGUGAGGAAGUACAACUGUGACAUUUGCUUCACUCCAAUGAUAGUUGCAUCCGACUUUGUGCGAUCAGUCAAAGCCAGAGACAGUGAAUUCACCACAAAUGAGUGUGACAGACCCCUGAUUGUACAAUUUGCUGCCCAUGACGCUCAGACACUGGUUGAUGCAACGCGUGCUGUUUCACCGUUCUCAGAUGGUGUUGACCUUAACUGUGGAUGCCCCCAGAGAUGGGCCAUGUCCGCAGGAUAUGGCGCAUGCCUCAUCAACAAGCCUGAACUGGUUAAAGACAUGGUCAGACAUGUCAGGAACCAAGUGGACAAACCAAACUAUACAACGUCCAUAAAAAUAAGAAUUCACGAUGACCUGAGGAAGACCAUUGAUCUGUGCCAGAAGGCUGAGUCAGCAGGUGUGUCGUGGAUCACAGUGCACGGCCGUACUUCUGAGGAGCGUCACCAGCCAGUCCACUACGAUGCCAUAAAGACAAUCAAAGACAGCGUGUCCAUUCCUGUUAUUGCAAACGGGGACAUAAAGUACCCACGUGAUGUGGAGUCUAUUCAUCAGCUAACUGGUGUUGAUGGUGUGAUGGUAGCGCGAGGGUUGCUCGCUAACCCAGCGUUGUUCGCCGGGCAUGAGGAUACACCUUUGGAGUGUAUAUGGGACUGGGUGGACAUCUCUGUACAACAGGGCACUCCUUUUACAUGCUUUCACAAUCAUCUCAUCUACAUGCUUGAGAGGGUGACCUCUCAGCCUGAAAGAAAAGUAUUUAAUUCUUUAUGUAGUACAUCAGCGGUAAUAGACUACCUGCAGAGUACAUAUGGCUUGGUGCAUGAGUUUGGAACAUGAGCCCCCACGUCCUCUUUCUAAAGAACUUGUCUCACUUUGGGUAAGAUGGAGCCUAUGCCAGCUAAUAUUGGUGCAUGGUAAACCCGUGGUUGGUCGCCAGCCAAUCACCGGGCAAAUAUAGUAGAGACAAACUUCAUAUUCACUCACACCUUGGGACAUUUUAGAGCAAAUGUGCGCAUGUUUUUGUGCUUAAUUUGAUUUUUAAAAUAGACUUACAGGCAGAGUCAUUUAUUAAUAUUUUUAUUUUGUAAAUAUUACAAUUAUUCAUGCUAUUUUUUUAUUCUACAGUUUAAAAUUAAUUGCAAUUAAUAUACUGAACAGGAUAAGCAGGUUAGACAAAUCAUGGAUGGAUAGCUGACAAUUUAAUCAAAUGUAAAAUUGCUUCUACUACUGUGUUUUUAUUUUUUUUAAUUUGUUACUGCUCAUCCUCACGAGGGUCAGAUGCAUGCAUUUUAUGUGUUAAUUGAUUUUCCUCGUACAAUGAUAAAAAAAUACUUAUUUUACAUGUACAGUACUUUGUUUACAGCAGGGGUCCCCAAACUACGGCACGCCUCCACAUUUGGUCUGGCCCUCUGAACGAUACCAGAGAGCAUUUUGAUUUUUUUUUUUUUUUUUCAAUAGUGUUAUUUAUUCCCUGGCUGUUUUUCUGUGAAGAACCAAGAGAGGGUUAUUUGGUUAUUAUCCAUUUAAUUAAUAAUGAUAUUAUAUUAUAUUAUAUUAUAUUAUAUUAUAUUAUAUUAUAUUAUAUUAUAUUAUAUUAUAUUUUGUUCCGUGGAGAAUCCAGAAAGGGUUAUUUGAUUGUGGCUUUCUGAAAAACAAUAAAUGUUUACAUUUAGGCACUCCUGCAAUCGUCACACUUUAUCUGUUACAAACUGACCCCGGCCCCUCAUCAGAGAAGGGGAAAGUUAUGUGGCCCUCACAGGAAAAAGUCUCGGGACCCCUGGUUUACAGUGUCAAUUUUUAUGCCAAUGUAUUAAGGUUUCUCAUCAGUGCUGUUACUUUUGUACUACGUUUUUGGCCCAGCUUGCAGUACCUGCCACAUUGUCCAUCCUGUUCACCACCACAAUUACCGGGAAUGCUAGGGAUAUCAUGUAUAAUGAUUACAUGCAUGUUUUUGGACUAGGAGGAAGCCAGAGUACCUGGAGAAUAGAAGUGCUAGAGCCAAGAUUUGAAUUGUGAAGCAGAUGUGUUUGUUAACCACUACCCACAAUGUAUUGUAAAUACUAUAGUAUUCUCUCUGUUGAUGCCGCUGUUUUUCGUCAGUCGCAUAAACUGACAAUAUGUAAAACUAAUUACAGUACUGGUGAACUAGUUAUUUGGGAUGAAUUUGAUGU